AUGCAGGAAAACAAGGCCAUCGCGGACGUCCAAGUGGGCGAGAAAGCCCUAGCUGUGAAGGAGACUCGUGGCUCUGACGAUUCCAGCACUCUGGUGGAUCAAUCGGCUGAGAAGAAACUGCUGUGGAAAAUUGAUCUUCUCAUCCUCCCAAUCCUAUUCUUGUUCUAUAUGUUAUCGUACCUGGACCGGAUCAAUAUCGGCAAUGCUCGGAUCGCGGGAAUGAGCGACGAGCUCGAUCUGGACGUGGGAAACCGGUUCAAUGUCGCCAUCUUUCUGUUCUACGCGCUAUACAUCCCCUUGGAGAUACCGAGCAACAUCUGGCUGAAGCAUGCCCGGCCUUCAUUAUAUCUACCUGCAUUGAUGUUCUGCUGGGGGAUCAUCACGAUGUGCACCGGUUUCGUUCACUCGUAUCAAGCUCUGUAUGCACUUCGCGUGCUGCUGGGUCUGUUCGAGGCCGGCCUCGUCCCUGGCGUGGUCUAUGUGACCUCCAUGUAUUACCGGCGGUAUGAAUACCAGAAGCGACUGAGUCUGAUGUUUGUGGCCACCUCGGUGGGGGGUGCCUUCGGUGGACUGCUGGCCUACGCUAUUUCUGACCUCGGUGGACAACGUGGGUACCUGGGGUGGAGAUGGAUCUUCAUUAUCGAGGGUGCAGUGACAGCCUUUAUUGCCCUUCUGGCUCCCUUGAUUGUGGUGGACUGGCCAGAUCAAUGCCGCUUCUUCACCCCGGCCGAGAAAGACCUCAUCCGGAUGAGAUUUGUCGAGGAUGGAGGGGAGUUUCGCAUGGACACCCUCAACCGCGACUCCCUACGCCGCAUUUUGCUGGACUGGAAGAUCUAUCUGGGAUCCCUAACUUACAUGGGCCUGACCACCAGCGGGCUGGCCCUGUCCUUCUUCCUCCCCACCAUCCUGCUAGAGUAUGGGUGGGAGUCCACCGAGGCACAGGUGCAUACCAUUCCCGUGUAUGCAUUCACGCUCGGCCUGACCCUGGUCAUGUCCUGGGUAUCAGAUCGCCUGCAACAUCGCUACGGAUUCCUCAUAUUUUGCUGUCUCAUGGCUACCAUUGGCUACGGAAUGCUCUUGAACAUGGAAAAUCUUUCCCGCAACGCCCGAUACGCCGCCUGCUUCCUGAUUGCCGCAGGAGGCAUCUGUUCGGGCCCUAUAGCCAUUGGAUUCCUCUCCAAUAAUCUGGCCGGCCACUGGAAGCGCGCGGUGGGUUCGGCCAUGCAGGUCAGCUUUGCGGGCUUUGCUGGUAUCAUUGGAUCGGUCAUGUUCUUGCAACAGGAGGCCCCUUUCUACCGCACAGGGCUCCGAACGGGACUGGGUAUGGCGUGGGUGUCGGGCACGGCGGCCACUCUUAUUGCCGUCAUCGUCUGGAGGGAAAAUCGGAAGCGAGAUCGAGGCGAGCGCGAUGAGCGUUUGGGAUGGCCGGAGGAAGUGGUGAACAACUUGGGAGAUGACCAUCCCCAUUUUCGAUUUACU